GAGGGCGAUGGUGGGGAGUAGAGCAGCUUGCAGCGGUGAUGUCAACAACAUCGGUCAGUGGGUCAGCCGACGACACGUUAAUGAAGAUGCUUGAGCUGAGAACCUGAUGAAUCAUGAUCACCACAGAGGCUGCCAGGGAGUUCCAGGCCAAAGAGCGCAAACACAAAGAGCAGCUGAAAAGAUGUUUAUCAGCUGCAUUAUCUGCAGACCUUGACAGACUCUUGCAGGAGGAGUUGGAGGCGGAUGUCUCUCUGUAUGCCGGCGCCGGCUCUCUGCAGGCCCACAGAGCCGUCCUGUUGGCCAGAGCUCCUCAUGUCCUGCAGGGCCAGGCCCACAAAGAUCCCACCAACAUCUAUCUGUCUGGAUAUGAGCUGUCCGGGUUAAAAGAUUUCCUCAGGUAG